UGCAUCGUACUCCUUAGCGAUCAGACUCGACCGAGUGUUUACUCAGCACUAGCCGAAUCAUGGGAUUCAUGGCAGGGUCUUGCACGGCAUUGCUGCACGUGGUGAGCUUAAGCGUAUCGCUAAUAAAUACUUGGUGAGCCUGGAUUAUCUCGGACAGUCUCCAUCCACACUUUUUAUUCUUAUUGCAUUCACCACUUCUCCAAAGGUUCCUCCGAAGGCUCUAUCACCCGUUUCUUUCCGUAAUAAUGGAUUUGGAGUUACUGCAAGUGUCCGCGCCAGGAUUGGCGUACAUCUGUCUUGGUGGUUUUGUAGUCUUGGUUUGUUAUAUUUCCUUUAAAACAUAUUUACUCGUAGUGUCUUAAUAUGCUGAUUCUCGAUUGCAGUUCUCGAUAGUAUCCCUCCUGGUAAAAGAGAAGGUUCGAUAGAUUAUAUCUAUGUGUCCUCUUAAUAAUGAUCCAUACCUUUCGCAGUUUUAUAUCAACGAAGUCGUCCUCGGAACUGGCUUUGGGAUCAUCAUAGGCCCUCACGUCGCCAAUGUAUUCACACCCCGCACAUGGGGUCCCUUGGAAAAUACCAUAACAUUGGAGGUAAUGCGCAUCGUCCUCGCCACCGGCUUGUUCGCGGUUGGUGUCGAAUUACCAUGUGCAUAUAUGAAAGAACAUGCAAAGAGCUUGCUCAUAAUGGUCGUACCCACCAUGGCCUUUGGCUGGGUCGUUGUCGCCGGCAUCAUACAAGCGCUGUUUCCGGAGCUCAAUUAUGUCUCAUCUCUUUGCAUUGCUGCUUGUUUGACCCCUACGGACCCAGUCACAUGUGCUGCCAUAACUCGCGGUAAAUUUGCUACUAAACAUGUCCCUGUGAAUAUUCGUCAGAUACUAUCUGCGGAAUCCGCAGCGAAUGAUGGUCUUGCGUACCCGUUCCUUGCGAUAUCCAUUUACCUCACCGUAGAGACAUCCGUUCGAACCGCUCUCGGCAAGUGGUUCUUGGUGGGAUGGCUAUACCAGGUCAUACUUGGCACUGUUUUAGGUGCCGUUCUAGGCCUUCUAUUCUCGAAGCUCAUGAAGAUAUCCCACAAGAGGGGCUUUAUUGAUCGUGAAUCAUAUGUGGCACAGUAUCUGGCUCUGGCCAUCUUCACUAUGGGAAUCGCGAGCACCAUCGGUGCUGAUGAUCUUCUUGCAGCAUUCGCGGCAGGUUCUGCGAUUUCCUGGGACGGUCACUUCAAUGUACAGACAGAAGAUGAUGUAUUCUCUUCUGUGAUAGACUAUGUCUUGAACUGCGGCUGUUUCAUCUACAUCGGUGCUUGGCUACCUUUUGACGCCUACAAUUCUGCUGAAUAUGGCAUCACCCCUUGGAAGCUCGUUCUCCUUAUGAUCACUAUUUUGGUUCUGAGGCGAAUUCCACCCUUAUUGGCACUCUACAAGCUUGUCCCAGAGAUUACUUCCUGGAAGGAAGCGUUAUUCUCUGGCCAUUUUGGUCCAAUGGGAGUCAGCGCAGUUUUCGUGUCUGCCUUAGCUCUUACGCGUUUACCCACUCCGGAAGACCCGCCUGCAAAUCAAGCCCAGUAUCUCGCAGCAGUUAUCCAGCCUAUUGUUUCCUUUAUCGUCCUCGGUUCUAUUAUCGUUCAUGGCUUAUCUAUUCCAUUCUUCAACAUGGGUCGUGGCGUACACUCUCACACGGUCUCGUUAACCAUGACGUGGACCAGCCGCAAUCGUGUUACGGUCCCGGAUUGGGUUCUUUGGGCCCGCCGUGCUCCGGAUGUUGUGGAGCCAGCUGUGGAUGAAGAUGUAGAGCAAGGUUCUACCAGGACUCCUAAAGACACCGAUGAAUCUGCUGUAGAUAUUCCAGACACCGGUCCCCCGGAUGUCCUAACCUUUGAGGAUGUUUCUGGGGAUGUCGCGUCAGUCGUGACUAGACGUCAUAGUCGUGGUAUAGAUGACUCUUCUCCAGAACUGGUGCAGGUUGAGGCUAUCGACAACCACACUGGGCCAGGGAAUUUGGGUAAUGGCGCUCCGGAUGAUAAUCAGAUUAAGAAUGUGCGCUUCCCGACUGCUCAAUAACAACUACCGAGUGUCCGUGGACUGGCAUGUAUAAAUUGUACUGACUUGUGCGGUCGCGACUCGUCAUGUUACAUACAAUAUUACGCUUACCACGUUGAAACUCUUCUUUCCCCCUUUGCAUUCCUUGCUUCCUCUAUCCUUUCACACUCCACUUUCCUUAGUGGU